AGAAAACCACGGAGAGAAAACCACGGAGAGAAAACCACCAGUCGACAGCACUUCGCUGCACAAUACACUGUUGAUCACACCCUCCAUCUCCAUUGUUCGUCCUCACAGCUCCAGUGUGCCCGGCCCUCCCAGAGCCCUCCUAGAGCCCUCCUAGAGCACUGCCAUGGCGAGCUCUCCUUCCACGGGCCCCAACGCCCCCGUGGACCUACACCUCGACAAGGAAAAAGUCAAAAAGGCCUUUGAUGUUUCGCACUUUGACUUGAAUGCUGUGCUUCGCGGCGCCCAGUUGACCCUAGUUGGGGCCCACCGCGCCCUCCAGAACCCCGCCAUCUUCACGUCGGAGCACUACAAGCAGGUGGCAUAUGCCGUCGCUGCCGGAAUAGCCAUCCGCUUGAUAAUCGCCAUCCCGAUUUUCGGAGUCAAGCUUCUCCUAUGGUUCCUUGGCUUCGUAUUCCGCCUUGAGGACGGUGCCUGGGACGAUAAGCUCGUCGAUGGCCUGAACUUUAUUGGCGAAUAUGUUCUCCAGGUGCCCCUUUUUCUCAUGACCCUGAUGCGCUCCAUCACGCCAACCCUCGACAACCUCUUUAUGGACUCGCUGCGAUGGGUCGACAUGACCUAUGUCCAGAAGCACAAAAAUGACAAGCCCGAUGAGCUCAGGGACAUGUACUAUCCAAACCUGAGCAUGUACCCCAAGCGCGACGGGAGCACCAACUCGACCAGCACCGCAGAGGCCACCUCGAUGUUUCUCUGGAGGUUCGCCCGCAAAGGCGGCAUCUCGCUCGCAAUCUUUGCUGCUUCGUACCUCCCCGUGAUCGGACGCCUUGUCCUCCCCGCUGCCAGUUUCCAUACCUUCAACAAGGCAGUCGGCCUCGGCCCAGCCUCGGUUAUUUUCGGCACCGGCCUCUUCCUCCCAAAGCGGUACCUGGUAAUCUUCCUGCAGACCUACUUUGCGUCUCGCAGUCUUAUGCGCGAGCUCCUCGAGCCGUACUUCUCACGUGUCCACAUGACCAAGCAGCAGAAGAAGAAGUGGUUCCGAAGCCGUGAAGGUCUCCUUUUUGGGUUUGGCAUCGGCUUCUACAUUUUGCUUCGCGUUCCGCUGCUUGGCGUCUUGAUAUACGGAAUCGCCGAGGCGUCAACCGCAUAUCUCAUUACCAAAAUUACCGACCCUCCACCGCGAGCUUCUGAGCGGGCCGCAUUUGCCGAGUCACAGGUUGUCUGGAAGAACAAGCACGAGUUCUUGAACCUGUCUCUGGGUAACCUGGACGCGCUUCAGACCAGCCCUCGCGAGAACCCACCGCCAUAUGCCGAGGUUGACCCACGCGCAAAGGCUUCGACGUCGUGAUGAUGGAGCAGCCCGGGUUUUGAACGGUAUCUGAGUAGGUAGUUGUCUCGAUGAUGAUAACAUGUCUUGUUGCGGCAAGAAGGUGCCCAGCCGAGGAAUGCGGAAUGGAGAGUACUAGUUUUGGAAACAUUGGCACUGGAAGCAAGCUGGCUUUCAAGCCGCAAGAAAUUAUUACGUUUCAUUAUGCAUUUAAGUUGGUUGCAAUCGGCCCGGGGCUAUGGCCUAUCAGUCCUCUUAUCUAUACAAGGUCGAGGGCGGAGCUGCAUCGGAGUGGCGGCAUCUGCAGAUGCGGGGAGCAGCUGCGAAGGAGACAUCGCCAAGCAAACUACUGGCCGUAGAAAUUGUUUCACAAUCUUCGGGCUUUGUUCUAAAAAAUCGGUGUCUGGAUGCGUGCCACUUAUCUUGGAGCAUGGCUUGCUAAGCAAAUAGGUAUGGAUGCAUGUUAUCAAUGCCGUCAGUUCUGCAUUAACAACCUUGGACGGAAGGUUAAGGUGGUUGAUCCCGCGGGCUGCGCCGCGGCCAUGCCACUCGGUAACAGAUAAAUUCUGGGUGCGGGGUAGGGGUCGAGAAGGGGUUGGGACGGUUCUGUGGCAUCUAUAAAUACGACCAAAGGAGGGAGUCCUGGAGGCUCUGCAUAAGGUCAAGCGUUUUGCUGUGUGUG